GAGAAAUACUAGUCCCAACAGGUGAUGCUGUCUUUCCUGGCUCCAAAGGCCGCUAUCUCAAGUGCCUUGACAGCAAAGGAGACACAAUUCUUCUAGGUAUGGAACAACGAGGAAAAUUUUCUGCCUUGGCGAGAGAAGAUAAUAUUAGUGGUGUUCAUACAGCGAAAAAUAUACUUAGUAAGCGCCUGCCCAUUACUGUUAGAUUAGUACACGGAACCGCCCCCCGCGGCCUCAAGUCCCCCAAUCACUUCGUCCCCGAGUUGCGGCUACUCUCCGUCUUCGAAGAAGAGCAUAUCUUCGCUCUCCCCCUUCAGAAAGAAAGCCAAAGUGUCACCGCUCUCCCCCUGGCCGCCCCACUGAAGCUCCUUCGAACGAGGAACGACGAACAGCUGAGGGGGAUGGUGGAGUUCAACAGGCUGGUGGAAAAGUGCACGAAACUAGCCGCGGAAGUAGCCGACAGGAUACAGGUCCUUGACGGGAAGCUGGGAGAGUCAAAAAAACAAUCACCUACUCAGGAGCUGAAGAAUGGAUUCCUGUUGAGACGCAGCGCAUCUUCAGAUUCCGCCAACCAUCGCACCAAGCACUCCCACCACCGAAGGGACGAAUAUCGAGUGCCGAUUCAUUCGAAAGACUACGACGAAAUCGACCAAAUUUACGACUACGUUCGGGGUUUCGCGCCCCUACCUAAACACAUCAAAUCCCCCUUCUCGGACCCCUCCCCUUCUAUAACCUCCCACAGCUCGACCCCCUCGCACCCAGUCUCAGAUCUCACCAAGCCCGAACCGCCCCCUAUCGAAACAAUCCCCACCAAGAAACUUCAGGCCGAGAAGAGGAACAGAAAAUCAGCUUCAAUUAGAGACGGCCUACCCAAAGCCGAGGUCCACGUGUCGAAAACCCCUCCGGGGCUCCCCAAGCUAUACGUCAAGAACGGACACUCGCAACGCAGCAGGCUGUUGCGCCAAAAGUCUGCUUCGCCAAUGAAGGAAACCCCCCCUAGUCCGAUCUCUAAGUCAGGCUCGCCCUUGUUCAACAUCCGCUACAAGUCUUUGAACAACCUGCAGCAGGCUAUGGAGCUGGACGGGACUCUGGAUUCGAGUAACUCCGGGGGACGCGCGUCGGGCGAUUCUGGUGGUCAGAAGCAGCCCGAGAAGAGGUCCAGGAAGCUCUCGAGGCCUAGAAGUUUGACGAAUCUAGUGUGGGAGAUUCGGGAGCACCCCGACAUAUCGAUGCCCAUGGUCGAGAAGAAGAAGAUGGAGCCGGCGGCCAUAGUACAUAAGAAGAAUUCGAAAUAUUCGGUGAAUGGCCAGAGACGAGGCACGCUUUAUUUGUAAUUUUUCGUUGGCUGAGAUGAGAUUGCGAGAAGCGGAGGACCAGGUUUGUUUUUGAGGUGACGAGGAAGAGCUGUGGGUAGAAUUAGCGGCCCGUCUUUGUUAUUUUCGAAAGUUGGGAGCAGGUGGAGAACAUGUGCUAAUAUUUUCUCAUGUCGUAUUUAAAAAUUGGCAACAGAUCCUUCAUACACCAAACAAAAAAUCUCAUGACUACUUCUGUUAGAUAAAAUCUGUUUUCAUAUGAAACUAACUCAGAAUUUUUCUUUUCUGUUUGAUCAGCUCCAUUGAAGACGUGACUUCCAAUCUCUACCUCUCUGAUUUUAUCACAAACUCACAGAACUUGGUUCAUUGCUAAAAUAUACUAGAUGAUAUCAGAAACUGACCAAAUUUUUAUUUAUGCUGAUAUUUUCUGUAAUAUACUUAUGUCUACAUUUCCGAAAAAUAGAUUUUUUUUUAGUAAAGUGAGGUUAUUGUUAUGGUAUCCGCAUAAGACGUAAUAAAUAAGUGAAGACGUGAAUAUUUUGUCAAUGUUUAACGAAGAAAUGUUAUUUUAUUUGUUCUGUGUGUUGUAAAUGAAUACAAAAAUUCUUCAUUUUUGAAAACAUACUGUUUUAGAAGAUUAUUGGUUUUAGUUUCUACCAAAGAAAAACAGAAAAUAUAGAGCAGCACUUAUUGGACUUAUUGUUCCAUAGUUCAUAUUUCACGUAUUGCAUUAUGUUUUUCGUUAACCAGCUGACGUUCCCCUACGAACGACAACUCUCAGAAGUCGAAACUCGAGUCGAAUUAACGGUGUCUUACCUUUUAUCGUGCGAUAUCUAGUACGUGUAGGAACUAUAGAGAAAAAGAGGCCGUCUUCACUAAGAAACUUCGUGAGUUUGAUCAACAUUGUUUCCAGAAUAAAAAACAUAAUAAAAAACAGAAUAAUCGUGAAUUUCAUUAUUUCGGACUUCCAUUGUCUGAUAUUAUA